UUUAUUUAUUUAUUUAUUUAUUCAGAGGCCGCCUCCACGUGCUUUUUUUCCUACUUACUUAUAUAAACCAAUUCCCAACCCCAGUCCAGUUUCACUACUACUCCUUCUAACCAACAGCUUCCAUUCUUCAAACGCAACCGUUUUAUUCCUCCGUCUAUGGCUCUCGUACGAGAACGCCGUCAGCUCAACCUCCGUCUUCCUCUCCCCGAACUCUCCGAACGCCGUCCUCGCUUCCCUCCCUCCAUCUUCUCCACCGGAGUCGCCGCCGCCGGAAACUCCUGCACCACCGCCGCCACCACCAACACCACUUCAUCCGCCUCCUCCGGCAUCUGUUUCUCCGAUCUCGAAACCCUCCAGGUUCUUGGCCAUGGAAAUGGCGGAACGGUCUACCAGGUUCGUCACAAACGGACCUCAACAACCUACGCUCUGAAAGUAGUCCACGGCGAUUCGGAUCCAACCGUCCGGCGACAGCUUUUCCGGGAGAUGGAGAUUCUCCGGCGAACGGACUCACCGUACGUAGUCCACUGCCAUUCGAUAUUCGAAAAGCCUUCUGGCGACAUCGCGUUCUUGAUGGAGUAUAUGGAUUUCGGAACCUUAGAAACCCUCCUCCGUAGCCAUGGAACUUUCUCGGAGGCCAAACUCGCACACGUGGCCAAACAGGUCCUCAACGGCCUCAAUUACCUCCACUCUCACAAAAUCAUCCACCGUGAUAUUAAGCCGACUAAUCUUUUGGUCAAUAGCAAGAUGGAGGUGAAGAUCGCCGAUUUCGGAGUCAGCAAAAUCAUGUGCAGGACUUUGGAUGCUUGUAAUUCAUACGUUGGAACUUGUGCCUAUAUGAGCCCCGAACGCUUCGACCCGGAAACUUAUGGUGGGAACUAUAACGGCUAUGCGAGUGAUAUUUGGAGCUUGGGUUUGACACUGAUGGAGCUCUAUAUGGGUCAUUUCCCUUUGUUGCCCGCCGGUCAGAGACCCGAUUGGGCCACCCUGAUGUGCGCGAUUUGCUUCGGUGAAUCGCCGAGCCUGCCUGAGGGUGUUUCCGACGAGUUUCGGAGUUUCCUUGAGUGUUGUUUGCAGAAGGAGUCCGGCAAAAGGUGGUCGGCGGCGCAGCUCUUGACCCACCCUUUCGUGUGCAAAGAUUUGGGAUCCGAUUGGUGAUGGGUUUUAUAGUUCGGGGUCGAGUUUCCGAUUUAGAUGAUCCGACUGUAAUUUGGGUGUCGGAUCUUUUUUUUUGAGUUUUGUAUAUAGUUUCCGGAAUCGGAAUUUUUUUCCUUUUUUUAUUUAAUUAGUUUUCUUUUUAAUCAAGUUUUGUAAAUUCUCUUAGACCGAUGAAUAUCUUUUGGGAAGCUAAAAAUGUUAAUCUCAAUUAAGAAAUAUUCAUACGUGUUGAACUA